UCCCGAUGGUUUUGGAGCAGAAUUUCCGCUUAUUUCUAGGAGUUGAGACUGUGCUGUAUUUCUAAGUGCAGCGCGUGAAUCGAACGUUCCGCGCGGUUUGUUAUUUUGUAACAUUUUAAACUUCGCUGGAUACAUUGUUGCCGCAACGGUUGUUUUCCAGCUCAGUGUAACAAUGUAUCCGAUGGCAGCGGGGGAUAAAAGAGGGUCGAAUGAACAUCUUUUGCUCGUGCAUGGCUUGAAUUAGUGGUUGCGGCUCAGUCGAGUCCAUCUAACUGUAAUUUGUGCUGUUGGCCUGUUAGCUUUAGCAGAGUUAGCCGUAGCACAAUAUGAAUAUAUCCAGCAGCAGGUUUGUAAAAAAAGAUUCACUCCUAUUUUAAUAGUUUUCAAAGCUUUUAUAUCCAGAGCUUGUAGUAGAUGAGUGAUAAAGUGAUGCUUUUUGAAGCACAGUGAUUUUGUUGUUUGUUUAGAAAGUGUUUUUUUAACGUUGCUCUCUCUCUCUUUUUUUUUUGGUCGUCGGAGGCUGAGUUAUUGGAGCUGGUGUGCUUUACAAGCAGAUUCUUUUAGAGAGUGAAAAAGCAACUCGCAACGCUUUUCCCCUCAUAUUGUAGUAGAUCAAACAUGUAUUUCCCCGUUUUGUGAAUCUUUGUGAAAGUAUGCUGUCUGGCAACACUUUGGGCAUCUUCUUCCGUGUUUCCCUCAGGUUUAUAAUAGUGGCCUAAUCAAGGUGCUGCUUAACUUUUCCUGUCAUCUAAACAUCCCUGAUCAGAUGGCCGGUUUCAUGUAUAGCUCCGUACAAUUUGGGGUUAAACUGCAGCUUAACUGUCUGUCAGAGUGUUUUUGCACACUAUUGCAGUUUUGCAGGUGGCACAUUAAAGCAUUUGGAGUUUAAGCUAUGUUAUAUGAGAACAGUUUGUCUUUCAUAGUCUUUGUUGGAUCAGUUUUUGAAAUGUAGGUGCUUUUUCAACAGCAUUAGUAUCAAUUUAUUUUAGUUUUCAACUGAUUGUCGCUAUUUGUCCACCACUUUUUAGUAGUGUUUAUCCCUGUCUUUGUUAUUGUUAUUGAUUCACUUUGUAUCUACUAUGUUUUUCUGCUCAUGUUUUGCCUUCGUUAUGUUUAUGUUUUGAACUCCUUGAUGAUUUCUCAGUUUGUGAAACUUUAAAAUGCAUUUACACCCUCAUCUGACAUGUUGAGCUCUUUCUUUAGGUGUUGUUUUCCUUAUCCAGGUAGUUUCACUUUUAAUGUUUGUACUGUGGCACUCAAAUCUUUGGGGAAUUUAUGACUCCAUGUACCAAUAUGCAUAAUAGAUAUAAUGCCUUUAUAAUACUACAGUAACUACAUUGAAAUAUCCAUUGAGUUUUGUUGUUGAUGCCAUUUAUGAAUAUCAAGUAAUUAUGCAAAACAAAACUUACUGGUUUAUGUAAGCAUGACACUGGAAGUAUUUUAAUGCUAUAACUUGUGUCCCGUCAGGUGUAGCUGUGAUAUUCUGUUACCUCAUCCAGGCCUGGAUACUAUUUAUAAAGAACAAUAAUUCACAUUACCCUUAUUUUGUCUAUUUGUAGCUGUCUUAUAUCAGUUUGCUUAAGUAAAGUUCCCUGCACUCAGAUGAAUCUGUUAAUUAAUUUCGAUGUUUGUCUGUUGUUACAUUUAUAGGUAUUCGUUUAAAUUCAGAUAUGUAAAUGGUAUAAUAAUAUGUUGUUAUACAAUGUAUGUACCUGAUUAAUUACAGUAAUAUGUUGUUUCACUUUCAUGUAAUUCAUAUCGCUUUGUUUUAGCUUUUAGAAUACGAUGUACAUUAUAUAUUCAUCAAACCACAACUAAAAGUUGGAUUGUGGAAAGCAGUUUUGUUUAGGGCUGGUUGUUUACAAAGAACAUUUCAACAGGUCACCGAACACUUUACAGAGACAUGAAGGGUCCCGUGUUACUGUACUGUACAGCUUUCCUAUCGCAAAUAAGAACCUGGUUUGAAUUGUAAACUCAAAAGGAGUUGGAGAGAGCGGGUGAACACUAGUCUCAGUGCCAGCUGACAGGCUGAAAGUUUCCUGGGACUUUCUGGCGAACUGGAUCAAUGAUGGAAUUGCAAACAUUACAGGAGGCCCUGAAAGUGGAAAUACAAGUCCAUCAGAAACUUGUCGCCCAAAUGAAGCAGGAUCCACAGAAUGCAGAUCUGAAGAAACAACUUCACGAGCUCCAAGCGAAAAUCACGGCUCUGAGUGAGAAACAGAAAAAAGUGGUGGAGCAGUUGAGGAAGGAGUUGAUGGUCAAACAGGAGCCCGACUUGAAGCCACAGACUCUCCCGGCGAUCGCAGACGGUAAAACCGUGCUGCUGACACCCGCCUGUCCCCCUUCACAGCCGCCCACAGGGCCUCCACACAACCAGGGGCCUCCACAGACUCUCACCAUGACGCCGGUCAUAACUGCAAAGACUCUACCUCUCGUGCUGAAAGCUGCCACCUCCACCAUGCCUGCUUCCAUGGCAACACAACGCCCCACAGUCGCCAUGGUCACUGCCAUCAGCAACCCCCUAAGACCCGGCAUCAAUUCUGACUCCCAGAGCACACCAAUCAACCUUCAGGUGGCCAGCAAGCUACCCAAUCAGGACACAGAUGCCGGCACACGGAUUUUGUCCAAGAAUGUUAUUGUUGUGCAGGCCACCACCACCUCUGCCCAGCCUAUCAAAGUUCCCCAGUUUGUCCCUCCUCCUAGAUUGACGCCUCGACCCACCUUUCAGCCACAGGUUCGACCAAAACCCCCCAUGCCCAUCAAUGUGCCCAUCGCUCCAGCUCCUCCUCCUCCCAUGGUGGCGGCUCCUCUAAUCCAGCGGCCCCUGAUGCUCACCACCAAGCUGACAUCAUCUUUGCCUGCCUCUGCUGGGCCCAUUCACCAGGUCCACAUCGUGAACGGACAGCAGUGUGCCACGAUUGACAAGACCACGAAGGCAGUUACGAGUUGCACCACACAAGUCACAGGCAUUGUCAUCAGUCCUGCCCAGACACUUCAGAUCAGCAACCUUAACUCAGACUUGAAGACUGUGAAACCACAGGGAGGACCAGAACAGGUGGUCAUGAGUACACCACCCUCAUCCUCUCCUCCUCUUCCUCCUCCUCCAGCUAAGGUCAAACGAGAGGAGAGCCCUCAGAAACUUGCCUUUAUGGUGUCUCUUGGGUUGGUCACACAUGACCAUCUUGAAGAGAUUCAGAGUAGAAGACAAGAACGUAAGAGGAGAACAACAGCCAACCCAGUGUACAGUGGAGCAGUGUUUGAACCUGAGAGGAAAAAGAGUGCUGUCACUUACUUGAACACUCCGCUGCAUCAAGGCACCAGGAAGAGAGGUCGCCCUCCCAAAUACAGCACCACCACCACCACCAGCAGCACAGCGGUGCCGGAGCUGGGCUGCAACCCCCUGCUCUCCCCCACCAGCAGCCUUCCUGACUCCCCAGCCCCUGACCGGCCUGACACUGGGGGCUUUCCCCUCUCUGUCCACCCUCAUUCUGUCCCCCAGCCCAGCCCCAGCUCCGGGGAUGGAGACAUCCAUGAGGAUUUCUGCACUGUGUGCAGACGCAGUGGACAGUUGCUCAUGUGUGAUACAUGUUCGCGUGUCUACCACCUCGACUGCUUGGACCCACCCCUCAAAAACAUUCCCAAAGGCAUGUGGAUCUGUCCUAAAUGUCAAGACCAGAUUCUGAAGAAGGAAGAGGCCAUUCCAUGGCCAGGCACCCUAGCAAUUGUCCAUUCCUACAUUGCUUACAAAGAAGCAAAAGAAGAAGAGAAGCAGAAGUUAAUGAAAUGGAGUGCCGAACUAAAGCUGGAACGAGAACAACUAGAACAGAGAGUGAAACAGCUUAGCAACUCUAUAACAAAAUGUAUGGAGACCAAGAACAGCAUACUUGCCCGUCAGAAGGAGAUGCAGGCCUCUCUGGACAAGGUAAAACACUUGGUCCACCUCAUCCAGAGCUUUAACUUGACUCAGUCCAUGGAGACGGACAUCAUACCGGAUUCCAAACAGGACUGCAUAGAGUCAGGGAGCAUCAAAGACUCAAAGGAUGCUACACAAGGGUGUGUGCAGGAGUGUCCCACCGAGCCUAGCGUGCAAGUACCAGCUGCCGUAGCAGUUCCCAAACUGAAGGCAGAGCCAGAGGUGGGCGAAAUGGCAGAGCCAGCAGCCGCAGUCACACCUGAUGCUGCAUCAGGUGAAUCGGGAGUUAGUGCCCUGGAAGUGCCCAAAACCACAAUUGGCGAGGAGAUGAUGGAUGCGGUGAAAACGCCGGACCCUGCUGAAUUGCCUCAGGCCAGGGACGUAAAAACGAAUGGAGGAACAGACUUUGUUUGUACCGGCUUGAACCCAGAAGAAGAGGAGGGUGCUGUGGAUGCCGCAGAAUCUGUGGGUUCUGAGAACAUCCCUCCCAGUGACAGCAGUUGUGUAGAGGAUGCUGGGAAGAUGGAAGUGGAGCUGCAGGAAGAUGGAAGUCAUGUCGUGAACACCAACAAUGGCAAAACCUCAGAACCUUCUCAGCAGGCUUUGCCAGCCCCUCUAAGCAGCGUGGACAACCCCAAAUAGUUCUCAGCCUCACACUAAACACAUUCACAUCACCAAAACAUUUAAACAGAUUUUCCUAUUGCACCUUGGACUGGUGCACAAAGUUGCCAAUCUAUACAUAUAUAUAUUACACAUAUAUAUUAUCUAUAUCCAAAUAAAUGUUGUUUUUUUAUUUUCUUUUUUUCUUUUACUUUUUUUUUCAAUGGUAAAACUGUUUCAACAGUACUUCUACAUCCAAGGCAAACUAGUCUUGGUUCUUGUAAACCAAUAGAGCCCAAACUUGUGAGUGAAAAGGGUGACUGGUGAAAGAGUGUCAUGCCAAUUAUUAGAUUAUUAAAAAAAGAAAAAUGGUAGUUUAAUAAUAUUAAUAAUAAUUGUUCUAAUAAUAAUGAUGUUGAUAAAGAUGGUGGAUGAUUUAUCAGAUCAGACCAGUGUGUGCCUCCAACAUGGGGUUUGUUUUCCAUAGGUUGUCUUAGUUUUCUUCUCUUCAGGAGGAGAAAGGCAGGGCAGAUGUGUCCAAAGACUGCAAGACUAUGCCCACACCCUGUGCACCUCUAGCCAGGCCUGAGUGCCCGGCCAUACCAAAAGCUUCUCUUUCCAAACAGGACAAAAUAUAAAUAAAUAGUCAGUGCAUCAGUAUUCACCAAGGACAAGGCUGAGGUUUAGAAUCCUGUUGUUGGCAUGGGUUAGACUAAAUCAGGACUGCCUAUAGCAACCCCUCUCAUUUCUUUCCUGCACUCUACAUCUUGUCCACAUUUCCCAGUUAGCUGUAGAAGUGUCCCCUCUCAAAGUCAUCUCAGGCUAAUCGGUGGUCGAGCGCAUGGCAAAGCCUUUCAAGAUCUUUGACAAAGGGCUGGAAGAGGAAGCUACACCAGAAGUCACAUCUUGGUAACUGCAACAAAUCAUGCGUGGUAGAUUAGUCUGAAAAGUGGUGUUGGUUCUGUGUAUUGAAUCUUCAGUCUUGUUCUAAAGUCAGUAUAUGUGUGUAUUAUAUGCUGUUUGUGGAUUUUAUUAAUUAAGUUUAUUUGUUUUUUUAGAAAAUAUAUUCAGGUCUUCCUAGUCUUCAUUGAAAAAUAAGUGCUUUUCUGUUUCAUGAAACAGUUGUUUGUUAUCAAUGGUGUUUAAAAAAGGCAUGAAUUAUGCAAGCAGCUAUCUCAAUUUCAGAGAUGCACAUUGCAUAAUGAGUGUUUUUAUUUGAAUUCCGAACUGCCAAAUGCUUUAGGUUUUUUUUUUUUUUUUUAUUGAAAAUAAUGGUAAUAUCCUCUUACUGUGUUUAGUCUACAAUAUAAUGGACUAGUACCAUCCCCAUUUUUCCAAAACCUUUUUUUUUUUUUUUUUUUUUUUUUUGAAAAACAAUAAUGCUUAAGUCACAAUUUGCUGUCUUAAAACUUGAGGGUUUGAUGUAUGAGCCAAAUUGAAUAAUAAGGAAAUGACAGAAAACCCUUAAUUAAAGCACAAGCUUUAUUGUAGAUAACUAAAGCAAACGCACUAAGAACCUCUUAAGAGACUUUGAGCAAAAUUAAAAAAAAAGCGCUUAAAUCUUAUCUGUUGGUUUUUACGCUUGCCAACAUCCUGUAAAAUCGAAAACAACAGCCAGUUGCUUGCGUACAAAGUGGGAAGCACUGUUUAGGACCAUCUUCUGCUGGUUUUUGCUGGCUUUGUGUUGUGUUGCAUAUUAUCUUAUCCUGUCCCAGGUAACAUCUUAAGUCUAAAAAUAAUGCAUGGAUGGCACCUUUUAUGUUUAUGUCAGGUCAUUCCAAAAAGCAUAUCCCUUUUAGCUUUGUGAAUAUAGCUACUCAGGCUAGGUUUGAACGCAUAUUAAAUUCCACAUAUCUGUUUAGGGCAUCUUUGUAAGUGCUUAUUUUGACUAUAUGUAUACAGUAGUGCAUAUUUAUUUGGGAUUUGAAAAGAACGAUGCAUAGCUCAUUUUGGCUGUUUAAACACGAGAGAACCUACCACGAUAUGGAUUCUGUAUUUGGGAUGAUGUUUACUAUUUUGUUUGUCAGUUUGUUUUAAAUGAUCUAUUUAUCUUGAUUCGUCAGGAUUUCAUGGCUUUAAAACUCAAUUUGUGAUUCUUAGUGGAUGGGGUCUUGGUUAUAUCAACAAUGUGCUGCAAUUACUCACAAUCUACUGUGAAAAUUCACAUACUUAUCCUUAAUACAUUCCCAUAAUGACUGUUACCCUCUGAGCCAAGACUGGGUAAUAACGGACAAACAUUGAUAUCAUGGCGUCCAUUAUUGUGGCAUAACAUGAAUAUUUAAGGCCUUCCAGAAGUCACCAUUGUCAGAGUAGAGAAUAUUUUUAAAAAAAAAUACUUUUAUUCCUUCCUGUACAGGUGCCCAGAGUGCCUUCAACCUUUUGCAUAUUGAAUUUAAUCUCAUAAACUGGUCACAUUUCCCUCUGUAAAACGUCACUCAGUUAACAUUGAUUGGAAGCACAUUUCUUGUAAUUUCAUUUGGUUAAAGUGAAACGGUUGUAGUGAUGUGCUUGUGUUGGUGUAGUCCUGUCUGUCUUUACUUAAUCUACUUAUCUGCUGUAAUUAAAGAGCCCCUAUUAAGAGUAGGCUAUAUUUUAAGGAGUUGCCUUGAGCUUUUUAAUACUCUGAAUAAAAGUAUAUCUAAGUGAUUGCACAAAAUUGGUCUAAAGAAAGGGG